UGUGUGUGGGGAUGAUUCAGCAGCUCGUGCAGCAGAAAGCAGAAAGCAGCUGGUCCUCUGCGCACGUGCACCUCGGACGGACCUCCUCGCGCCGAACGAACGCUUUCAUGUUCACGGCGUCUCACCUGGUCGCUGAGCCCGUGCACGUGACGCGUCCAACGCCGGAGACCCCGUAGCGUCGCGUCCAGCCGAGACAGGCCGGAGAGCCGCCACAGGGAGCCGCGUCGCUCCUCCGCUGCUUCCAUCCGGGCUCUUCAGAGCCUCGGGACUCCGCUCGCCUCCUCGCUGGUCUCCGGAGGGAUUUAACCGGAACACAGCCUCCUCCCGGACCCCCCGCCGGCUCCGGUCAACCGGCUCCACGUUGCACAUUUCCGCAUUUCGACGUCUGACGCUCCGGCACCCCGGCAGCUCCUCGUGCUCCAUGUUGAAGUGGGCGGGGUCUGAUGUCAGCCCCUCCCACCAUGCCCGCCAUGGUUUCUAGACUGCCCAAGUUCGGCUCGAGGCCCAAAUCCGCCUCCCUUUCCAACGGCGCUCAGACGGGUCCGGCCGCCGGCACCCGCCUCACCAACGGGUUCUACCACCACCCCGGCCCGGCAGGGGUCAAUGGCGGUCUGACCCCUGCUUCUGCCAAGCAGAAUGGAUUCAUCCGAGUGCCCACUUCGUAUUCCAUGAAAUGGAAGAGAGAAAGCGAACCGGCGGAGGACGAGGAGUGGAGCCGAGGAAAGGGCGUGGACAUCGGGCAGAACAUCGGGCAGAACCGCCCCGGUAGCAACGCCCUUCAGUAUUCUUCCCAGCGGGACGCCAAGAAGACGACCGCGGCGGGGCACGGCUUCGGUCUUCCCGUGACGUCAUCGGUGCAGACCGGCACCAGAACACUUCCAGUCCCUAAAAGCGGUUCUGUCGGUUCCAAACCGAGCCAGACCGGGCUGAAUGGCACCGCCAAGCCGACCCCGAACGGUCUCUCUGGAUCAAAGCUCAAGGGCGGGACCGAUGGUUCCCUGAGACAGCCUCACGGCUUUGCUCGUCCUGGCGGUUCUGGUCCCGGCUCUCGAUCCGGUUCCCCGCUGCAAAAGAAACCGCCGGCCAACCGCUGCCGGUCCAGCGACAGUCUCGGCCCGGUUCUGUCCGCCCAGCUCGCCGAGAGCGACCGCAUUCGGUCGCGCAGCCUGACGCAGGUCCGACGGCUGCCCUCCCCCCCCACCCUCCCCCCUUCCUCCUCAUCAUCCUCUUCCUCAGUGUCUCGUCACCCCACCAACACCAGCUCCAUGAACCGGGCGGCCGGGCGAGGAGCUUCCUCCUCAAUGGCUCCGCCCAAAGACAGCUUGGCGAAACCUCCCGGCAGCAGCCAGACUCCCAAGGGAGGAGGAGGGGUCAAAGUUCAAACUUCUGUCGAGAGGUCAGGGGUCAGCUUCCCCUCCCUGCUGCCCCACUCUGCCUUAAAGAAGCCCCUCCUCUCCAGCCUUGGCCCCGCCUUUAAGCCCAGCGGCAUCAGCUACAAGCUGUCACGGCCAUCGCUCAUCAAGCAGUCCCGCCCCCUCCGAGUGACGACGGCCAAUGAGAACAGAGGUGGACAGGAAGUGAAGCAAAGACUGAUGGCCCGGACGAACUCGGUGGAGACGCCCUCGACCACGGAGAACAGUCCGGAGAGUUCCCUGGAGGCUCCGGAGAGGGAGGGGCUGGUACCCCAGGGAGAGGUGUCCGUUGUGGGGGAGACGCUGGAGGACAUGUCCCUGUCCUCCAGCUCAUCUCUGGAGAGGAACGACACCAGUCAGGAGUACAUGGACGACUUCGACAACCUCGGAAACGGAGGGGUGGGCUUACUGCUGCUCUCGAAAAGCCACCGAGACGACCCGGGGCUCGACCAAUCGGGCGCCAGGUUGGCUGAAGACGUGGCGGCGGUUGGCGGGGUCGCCGCGGCGCUCUGCUUCCUGGAUCACGGCGUGGACUGGUCCGCGAUGGGCGGUGAGCGAGGGGAGCACCAGCUGACCCGGGCCCCCCACCGGAGGAGGUCCAGUCAGGUGGACUACCACGAGCAGGUGAAGGCCGGAGCAAGAAACGCCAGUAACAUGGGCGGGUCUUCUCUGGAUUUGUCCCCCUCAGACAGCUGCGGGUCCGGGGGAACCUACAUGUGGGACGAGGAGGGCCUGGAGCCACUAGGGGGCGCCACCACCACCACGGCCUCCACCAGCACCACCAACACCACCCACCACCUCGGGAGCUUCGACUCCGACCUCAACAGCAUCGAUGUCUUGAACAACCUGGACUCGUGUGAUCUGGAUGACGAUGACCUCAUGAUGGAUGCAGACCUCCCUGAAGACGCCUCGCUGCAGAGCGAGGGAGGCGGCCUCACCCACAUGGCCCAGUGGAGGAUGAGGCAGCUCUGCUGGGGAACGCAGGACGUCGACAGCGACAGUGACUUCCAGGGCUACAAGCUAGCCGAGGAUUCUGGGAAUAAGCGGACGGACAGAACCGGGGACAAGGACCUCAUUCUGGACCUCUGUCCUCCAAGGUCUCCCUGCCAGUCUCCUGGUCUGGGUCUGGAUGUGGAGGAACUGGCUGAAGACUGUUGUGCAGUCCGAUCCCAGCUUGAGUAUCUGCAGAGCUUACUGCUCCAGGAGGAGGACGUAGACGAGGACACUCUGACCACAGACACUCUGAGUCCUGAGACCAGCGACUCCUCCCACACACAGGAUCUCCUGCAGGAGGUGCAGCAGCUCAGAGAGGAGCUGAGAAGCCGAGACCGAACCAUCGUCCAUCUCACCCUGCAGCUGGCUGUUCCCACGGUGACCACCGUGUGUCGUUGCCAGGAGACGACGGGAACGACUGACCGACACACACAGACGAGUCUGAAGGAGAGAGAGAGCGCUGCCUUGCCUCCUGCUCCUUUCCUCUCUCCUCCCUGGCAGUAUCAGCGCUCCAGGCCUUACCGGGUGAGGCCGAAGCCCAGCAUCCCCCCCCACCUCGCUCGGAAAAGAGUGGAGAACUUAGUGCUUUACUUCAGUGACACGGCGCGUCACAGAUAUUUCACGCCUCCAGCCAGGACGACCAGGAGCCAAUGACGAUCCAAGCUCCGCCUCCAUUUGACUCUCCCUCCGCCUCCUCCCGACCCCAGAUCCUCGCCAACGGCUUCCUGGACCGCUCUGACGCCGCCGACCACAGGAAGGAGGAAGGAGAGAGGAGGAGAACCCCCAACAGAUCCCUGCAGCCCCCCCAGCCCUCCAAGCUCCGCCUCUUCACGGCUCAGAGCUCCAGACCGCCGUCCAGGCAGCUGCCUCGUGACCCAGAGAGCAGCGAGGUCAAGAUGGCGGCCUUCACCUCCGGCUUGUCCCGCCUCCCCAAGCCAAAGAGCCACUGAGCCGUCGGCCCGUCGGAGAACCAGACUUCCUGUCUCCCGCAAUGAGGUUGAAAUAUAGAUAUUUAAUUAAUUUAUUGUUAAUAUUUGAGCUCUGACUGAGAAUAAAGGUGUACCCGUCAUGUUAAAGGUCCCACAAAGAGGGAAAUCUAUUCAUACGUUUGUCUCUUGAACAUCUCGAGAGCCUUAAAGUGAUUUAUGGAUAAAGAACUUUGAUGAACAUUUAAUCCGCUUCAUAAAAAUUAACUAUUAAUUAAUUUUCUCCGUCGUCCUGCUGAAAGUCACGUCAUGUGAUAUUAAAUAAAGAGCAUUUGUUUUUUAUCUCCAUGAUAUUCCAGCAGGACUUUAAAAUAAUUAACAGUAAAUGUUGGUGAAUAUUUAGAUUUUCAGUAAUAAUAAAUGACCUUUUAGUUUAGAGAGGUUUUUCCCUCCAAUUAGUACAAAAUAUAUCAGUUCAGUUUCCAAGAGAUGAACAACAGGACCAAUAAAACAAAGGGAAACCUAGUUAUGAUUAUUAUGAACAUUUACAAACGACUUAAAGAGAAAUAACUCAGAAGCUGGUUCUCUGACUUCCUGUUUGACUGAAUUACUUCCUGUCUGACUGACUUCCUGUCUGACUGACUUCCUGUGUGACUGAAUUACUUCCUGUCUGACUGACUUCCUGUUUGACUGAAUUACUUCCUGUCUGACUGACUUCCUGUUUGACUGAAUUACUUCCUGUCUGACUGACUUCCUGUGUGACUGAAUUACUUCCUGUCUGACUGACUUCCUGUCUGACUGAAUUACUUCCUGUCUGACUGACUUCCUGUGUGACUGAAUUACUUCCUGUCUGACUGACUUCCUGUGUGACUGAAUUACUUCCUGUCUGACUGACUUCCUGUGUGACUGAAUUACUUCCUGGCUGACUGACUUCCUGUGUGACUGAAUUAUAAUAACAAUAAUAGUUCCUGGUUUUUAAAUAUUUCUGUUUUACUGAAAUACUCAACACACAACAAUGUACUUAUAUUAUUAUUAUUGAUGCAUUAACAUGCUUCUAUAUAUGAAUAAACCCGACCCGGCUACAUCGUUAUCCACACGGGGGUAACGAGUACUUUGUGAGUACUUAAAAGUAUUUGUACUUGUAGAGGAGUACUUUAGGCAUCUGAAGCAUUCAGAGGCUUUUAACCAGAGAAGCAAACAGGAAGUACUUCUGUGUUUGUGUCUGAACUUUAACUUUAGGGAGACGCAAUAUGCAAUAAACAAUAUGCAACAUGUUUAGAAAUAUAUUUAAAAAACACGGAGAUGAGUUCCUCUUUGCAUCUGAGACCACACAAUAAUAAUAAUAAUAAUAAUAAACGUGAGAUAUUUAUGAGAGCAACACAAAACUGUUUUUAACGAUCAAUUGAUCCUUUAAAUCAUUUAAAGUUAAUUAAUUUUAUUUUUUUUAUUGUUAAAGUUUUGACUCUGUACUUCAAUUCACUUGUUGUUGUUUAUUACUUGACCGGCGUCACAUAAACUGCUAUUUAUUUUAUUGUUUGUGUUUUAUUUUCUUAUCACUGAUUCUCUGAAAUCUUAGUUUUGUUUAUUUGAGCUUUUCAGUUUGAGAGAUUUUGUUUGUUAUUGACUUUGUUUGUUUUUGUCACUGUAAACGACCUGGUUUGAGUUAUUAAUGUUCAUAAACACUGAAAUACUAACCUGUCACAUGUUAAAUUCAUCAGAAUAUACAUUCACACUUCUCUUCACAAUAAAAGCCUUUAAAUGCAAAGAGAGCUCAUGAAGGCUUUUAAUGUGAAACUGUGCAGGAAGUGGUUGAGUCUCGUUGACGGAAGCUUAGAUAAUAAAUGACGUGUAAAUAAAGACUUGGGACGUGUUUGAGGAGCUGUGUGGGUUGACGUCAGGUUUUUCACAAUAAGGUGCGUGUGUUUAACAUUUCUUAUUGUUUGUUAUCUCCACAACUAAACAUUGAAUAAUCUGAAUAACAUACUCAUAACUAUCUUUCUCCACUCUGCUGUACCGUGUUGUUUUGGGGGAAUGCUUUUAUUUUGAAAACUUGAAGUGGACAAAACAUCCUGCUGGUUUUGUUGAAUUUAAUUUGUGUGUAAUAACUGUGGAUAAGUUUGAACUCUUGUGUAAAACUGUACAAAGUCUUACCCACUGUAAUUAUUAUUAUUAUUAUUUACACUGAGCUUGGGAAGCAUCUCGGUCUGAAAAAUGCACUUUAAACCAUCGUAAGGAGUCGAUGUUCAGCUUCAAUAUGUUUUAUUUUGUGGCUUUUUAAGUUCAAAUCAAAGCAACACAAAUCUGGAUCUUUCAAUGGAAAGAACUACAAAGAAGGAGAACUACAAUCAUGGCGUCUCGACAGUGACCUUUAAAAAGGGUUAUGACGUAAAUACCUGUUUGUCUCCUGAUUGCUUGACCCGUGACAUCACAUCCUGUUUCGGUGUCCGGUUGCAGGAAGUUCAGUUGGACUGAAGCCGAGUGCGACGUUGUGAUUGGCCGACACGGCUCCCCGCUGCUCACUGGCUCAUAUUUAUUGUCCUCUUCUGUGAUUGGCUGAGAUCCUCUCUGAUGCUGCUGAGAGGCUGAAUGCUGAAAUAAAAAUAACCUUC